AUGAAGGAUAUCAAUGUAGAUAUUUGGCAUGUUGAUGAUCGUAAUAUAGAUUUUCUACUGAAUGGAAACGACACAGGAUAUUGGAAAAGUUUCCUUGAAUCUCAGAAUAUAAGUCACACGGUAUUAAUAGAUGAUGUCCAGAAAGCUAUUGAAAAGGAGGCGGCAUUGAAAAUAUCUGGAUCUCGUAAAGUAAACUGGGAUUCGUAUGCACAAUUGGCGGACAUUUACGCCUACCUCAAAAGCAAAGCUGAUGCUCAUCCGAAGAAUUGUAUUCUUCGUACGAUCGGUAAAACAAACCAGAAUAAAGAAAUUAAGAUGCUAAAAGUUACGAACGGCAAAAUAGGCAAUGGAGCAGUAUUAAUAGAAGCGGGUAUGCAUGGUCGCGAAUGGCUAGGUGUAUCUUCCUUGUUGUAUUUUGUGGAGACGAUUACUUCGAACUUUAAUACUCAACCUGGUUAUAUCAGACACAAAGACUGGUAUAUCAUUCCCGUUGCCAACCCCGAUGGAUACGAGUAUAGUAUGAACAAAGAUAGAUUAUGGAGAAAGAAUAGAAGGAGACUCAGCGGUCAGUGCGAUGGUGUCGAUGUUAGUAGAAAUUUUGAUGCCUUUUGGGGCUCCAAAGGAGCGUCUCCGGAUACAUGUGCGAACAAUUACUUCGGACCCUACGUUUUUUCUGAAAAAGAAUCAAUAGCAAUCAGAGCUAUGAAUGGUGUACAUAAAAUGAGAAAUUAUAAAUUUAAUAUGAAUAUCAAAUCUAUAAGAGGCUCCGGUAUGGCUGUCGAUUGGGCUUACCAACAAGGAAUCCAGCAUUCUUAUUUAAUAGAAAGUAGGAGUAGGUAUUUCCAGGUUGAUUUAGGAUUAGGAUUAGGAUUUAGGACAAUCACCCACUGCUAA